UAAAAUGGAAAAUUUUGUUUUUUUAUUGUCAUAAAAUCAUUUUAACCACAUUUUAAUAAACAUGAGUGCUAUUGCCAGUAAGCCUAGAUCCGAAAUGACAGAGGAGGAACUUCGUCAACAAGAAGAAGUUGAAUUCAACACUGGACCACUUUCCGUUUUACAACAAUCUGUUAAAAAUAACAAUCAGAUUUUGAUCAGUUGUCGUAAUAACCAUAAGCUUUUGGCUCGUGUCAAGGCAUUUGAUCGUCAUUGUAACAUGGUUCUUGAAAAUGUCAAGGAGAUGUGGACAGAGACUCCUCGUAGUGGAAAGGGUUCCAAGGCUAAGCCUGUGAACAAGGAUCGUUUUGUUAGCAAAAUGUUUCUUCGUGGUGAUACUGUUGUUCUCGUCCUCAGAAAUACCGUUUAAACAACAAAUUAUACAAUCGUAGAAAGAGAGAGAAAGAGAGGAAGGAAAUAAAAAUAAAAUAUGAAAAAAGACCUUAUUAUUGUGCGCGUACACGUUAUUUUGCAUGAGAAAUCAAGGUUUAAAACAUGGCAAGAAAAAAGUGUAUAUAGAAUGACAGAAUGUUGCAUUUUGUGUGUGAGCUGAAAGGAAGGGGAAGAUAUAUUAUGCCGAUGUUAUCAAGUUGUGUAAGCAAAUCCCAUGAGUAAGGAUGAUUUACAGUCCGUUUUUUUUUUGAUCUACCCCAUCAAAAGUCACAUCUACUAAUAAUAAUUAAGCCCAUCAACUUUAAAAAGCUUACUUUUUUUUUUCUUUUUUUCUUUUCCUUCUUUCUUCUAUUAUCCAAAUGAAAAUCAUUGACAAGAUUCAACAAGC